AUGAGCGACACCACCGCAUCCCACAACGACCGCCCGCCUAUACGCACCUACGAUACCCUCGAUGCCGCCCAGUUGACGGGCUCUCUCAGCCGUGAUAGAAUAGCUGCGCUCCGCCCCGAUAACUCAUCCGAAAAUGCCAACGGACAUACACGGUCAGCGAAGCCGCCUGUGUCAGCUACCGCGAACACACCAGACGACUCGGAUGAGGCCAUUGAAAACUAUGACGAUCUCGAAAUCGACCCGGACACCCUCAUCGUCAACUCGAGAAAGAGCAUGGAUGACAGCUAUCGCCCGAGUGGCAGCAUGAACGGGGGAGAAAAGCUGGAUGGCCGACGAGAGUCUGAGCCUUCGUCAGCGCCUGGUCGUCACAGGAAGAGGAAUAGUAUUCAAAUUCGCUUGGAGAAGACCGACAAGAAGGGACGCUACAUCUUGACUGCCGACGAUCCCGAGAUCAAAGACAUCUUGCAGAAGGGCAUCGCGAAGGAAGAGGCAGAGGCCGCUGGCAAGAAGCCUCGCAUCCGGUUCAGAGAUCUGGUCUUCACGCGACAGUUCACUACGUUCGAUCGCCAGAAUCCUGCCAGUGCUGAGAGCCCUUUCUUUGGCUUCUUCACGCUGUUCUGGAUAUGCAUGCUCCUCAUCUUCUUCCAACUGGCGAUGCGCAACUAUCGCGAUUAUGGCAGCAUUCUGGGGAGAAACCAAGUCAUGAGAAUGAUGUUCAGUCGAGAUGUGGUGGUGCUGGGUCUGACUGAUGGUGUCAUGUGCGCUGCGACGUUCGAGGGCGUGCUCUUUCAAAAGCUGAUCAGACAUGGCUAUAUCAACUGGGCGAAAUCAGGCUGGAUCAUUCAAAACAUCUGGCAGACAGCAUAUCUCGGAUCGGUGAUAGGAUGGGCAUACUUCAGGGAGUGGCCUUGGACGCAUACCAUCUUUGCCGUGUUGCACGGACUAGUGUUUCUGAUGAAGCAGCACAGCUACGCAUUCUACAACGGCUACCUAUCUGGCGUCUACCGCCGAAGAGCGUUGUUGCAACGGAAGCUUGAACAACUGGAGACUAUCGAUCCCAUAAACUCGGCUCCCAACAGCCCAUCCAGCCCUCGAGGGUCAUUCCAGGCAGACGCCCUGACUACGGGAGCAGACCUCAACGAUACAGGUCUAUCGAAGCGUCGCCCCUCAAUGGGUAUUCGCACUUCUACCAACUUCACCAAAGAAAAGUCCCGCGUGGCCGACGUCGCCGCAGCCAUCGAAUCCGGCUCCUCAAUCGACACCGACCAAAUGGCCACCUUCUCCAGCAUCAUCCACACCGAAAUCACCGAACUCACCAAAGAACUCCAAGGCAAAUCCUCCUCCCCCUCAAAAGCCUACCCCAACAACCUCACCUUCUCCAACUUCGCCGACUACAUCUGCCUCCCGACCCUCGUCUACGAACUCGAAUACCCGCGCCAAGAAAAGACCAACUGGUGGUACGUCCUCGAGAAAACCGCCGCGACCUUCGGCGUCCUCUGCGUCAUGCAAGUCGUCUCGCAAGGCUACAUCUACCCGCUCGUGGCCAAAACCAUGCGCAUGAAAGAGCAAGGCAUGACGCUCGAGCAGCGCUGGGAGGAAUUCCCCUUCAUCGUCUCAGACCUGCUCUUCCCGAUGCUCAUCGAGCAACUGCUCACCUGGUACCUGAUCUGGGAAUGCAUCCUGAAUGUCCUCGCCGAGGUGACGCGCUUCGCCGACCGCGGCUUCUACGGCGACUGGUGGAACAGCAUCACCUGGGACCAGUACGCGCGCGACUGGAACCGUCCCGUGCACAACUUCCUGCUCCGCCACGUCUACCACUCCACCAUCUCCACCUUCCACCUCAGCAAGACGGCCGCGACGUUUGUGACGUUUCUGCUGAGCGCGCUGGUGCACGAGAUGUGCAUGGCGUUGAUCUUCAAGAAGGUCCGCGGGUAUCUGUUUUGGUUGCAGUUGACGCAGAUGCCGUUGGUGAUGUUUUCGCGGAGUAAGUUGAUGAAGGGGCGGGUGGUGUUGGGGAAUACCAUGUUUUGGAUGGGGUUGUUUAUUGGGCCGAGUUUGUUGACGAGUUUGUAUUUGGUUGUAUAG